UUUUUGCAGAAGUCUGAUUUUGUGUUUCAGUGUUUUUCUUUCGAGUGUUUGGCAAUUUUUGGCUCUGCUUGUGUAGUUGUGUGGUGUGCAAUUGCAGCAACAAUUGCAGUUAACCGAGAAAACGAAAACGAAGCAACGACGGCAGCUACAAUAAACUGUAAAAUACGUGUAGAAAUAAAAGUGAAGCCGGUUUGAAAAAUUACGCAAAAAACGAAAAAGAAAAAAAAAACAACCAACAAUUGUCGAGCUGUUGUUGUUAUUGAAACUGUGUGUGCUUAAUCAAGCCCCAAAAUAGUCAAAGCGCAAAAAGAAAUCAAUUAAAACGAGUUUACUCGUAUUUUGAUUUGAAAAUUGUGCAAAAAGUUGGCAUCAAAAUAUAAAGUAUAUAAAUAAAUCAAAAAAAUAAAAACUAUGCAACAGUUUUGCUUUUUGAUCGCCGUUGCGGCCACACUCGGAAGUGCAGCAGCCGCUGCGGCGGCCACGCCGAGCGUUUUUAGCGGUGGCUCCCAGGAGUAUGUGGUGGUGGCAUCCACCGUUUACCCACCGCUUGGCAUUGCCAACGGUGCUGGCGCCGCAAUUGAUUACGACGGCUUGGAAUUUGGUGCAAUUACACCACCCAGCAGUGGACUUGAAGGCAUCGCACCCUGCAGUGUAAGCUCGCCGACCAUUAGCGAAUGCAUACAAAAUCUGAUACAGACGAUUGCGCCUCAGCUAAAACGGAAGGGCCUGCCCGAGUACAAUAUGAAUUCCAUAGAUCCCUAUUACUAUGAAAGGGGCAUCUUCCGGUAUGCGAACGAUGGCAUUCAGGGUGGUCUGCUCAUUAAGAAUAUGGAGAUAAAUGGCAUAAGUGAUGCGCAAAUCAACAGCGUGAAUGCCAACUUUACGAGCAAGGGCUUCAUCAUUAAAUUGGGCGCAGUUUUGCCGCAACUGAGGGCCGGCGGUUAUUUCAAGGCGGACGUCAAGUUCGGUGGUUUGCGUUUGGUGCCCAAGGGUCCGUUUAAUAUCACCAUUGAUAACAUCAAGGCCACCAUACUGACGGAUGGACAUAUCGAACAGUUGGACAAUGGACAUCAGCGUGUGGUCCUACAUCGUUUGAAUGCCAAUGUGAACAUUGGCAAAACAUUUAUUGUAGCGAAUGGCAUCCUAACUGACAGCAAUCUGAAUGCUAUGAUCCUGAAUCUGGUCAAUCAGAACUUGCCGGAAAUCACACGCGUCGGCAUUCCCGCCACUCGUGAACAAUGGGCGCCCAUUUUGGUUACGCACAUCAACAAGUUCUUUGCUAAUGUUCCUGUAGAGAAAUUCCUGAUUGAAUAAUUCGCAUAAAGCCACACAGAUGCACAAAAUACACGAUGGGUUCUACAUUCAUUGUUUGCAAUAUUUAAAGAGUAGCUAGUUUUAGUUUAUGUUAGCGAUUUAAAAAUAAUGUUAAACGCUACUUCCAAAUAUUCUUCCUAUGCGCAACGAAUUGAAUUUCUUUAACAUAACACACAAAAUUCGAAUGUAUUUAUUUUUUAACGUUUUGAAAGUGUAGAUUCCUAAAUUUAAGCUGUUCAAUUUGUACAAAUAAAAUGAUACAAAAUUUA